CCCGGGACGCAGGGGGGAGUUUGCCAUCGCGGGGAAGCGGGAGACGCGAAGCGUUCUUCCUUGGACAGGUCGCUGGCUCAGGUGCGCAUGCGCCAACCAAUGAGCGAGGAGGAGGAGCCGCCAACAGAAUAGGAGGGACUGCGUCGAGCGGAUGGCUCUGACUUGAGUCAGGGAGGGAGAGGGAGUGAAUGCGCGUGCGCGGAAGCGGGAGCUCACUGAGGCUGCGCGGUAGAAAGGGGCGCUACUGCGCAGGCGCGGGAGGCACAGUAUAAGUCGAAGCAGCGGCAGUAGAAGCUGCAGCUGAGGAGUCAGCAGCGUGAGAGGCUUGUCCUGAGGGAUGAUCGAGAUGGCAACCGACAAGGAGACCUUCCGAGUCCCAGCCCCACCACCUCCGCUCCCGAAGCCCCCAAACAAAGGGCGUGGUGGGGCAGGGGAGGUCCCUCUUGGGGGUCAGGGGUCUGAGAGGGGCGAUGGAGGAGGUGGAGGCAGCCAAGGCCCAGGAGAGGCGGCCCAGGCUGGGGGGCAAGAAGAGCAGGGGCUGGGGGCUGCCACCCCCAUCAAUGCGCCCUCAAACCGGGACCCCUACCCUCCCCGCCGAGGGGGACCCCUGCCCAAGGAGUCGGCUGAGGAGGGGGACGGUGUUCCCGAGCUCCAGAGGCCCCGCAAUGGCUUCCAGGCCCCCCACCAGAGACCCCCAGGAGGAGGAGGAGGCAAGAGGCGGAACAGCUGCAACACCAGUGGUGGUGGGUUCAAGCACCUGGCCUUCAAGCGCCGCCGCCGGAUCAACUCAGAGUGCGACCCGGUCCUCCCCUCGGAGUUCCUCCUGGGAGGCAACAUCUUUGACCCCCUGAACCUCAACAGCCUCCUGGAUGAGGAGGUCAACCAGGCCCUCAACGCCGAGACCCCCAAGUCAUCGCCGCUGCCGGCCAAGGGAAGGGACCCUGUGGAGAUUCUUAUCCCCAAAGACAUCACUGACCCCUUGAGCCUCAACAACGCUCAGGAGGACCCCCCCAUCCUGGCCUCCCCCAUCAAGAGCGGACGGAAGAGGCACCGGCACCGUGGGGCACAGAGGGGGGCCAGCGUCGACGGCGGCGGAGGGGCCAAGCCCACUGUUGCCACUUCUGCCUCUUCCACCGCUGCUGCCGCCGCCCCCUCAUGUAAGUCGUGCCAGAAGCCCUGCAACGGGGCCACCCCACAGCCGUACGAACUCAACACAGCCAUCAACUGCCGGGACGAAGUGGUCUCCCCGCUGCUGCCUGCUGGCCAAAAGGAGCUUCAGCCGAGCCACCCCCAGGCCUCGGGGGGCUGCGCAACUCCCUCAUGCGCCUCCGUGGCCUCUUCCACCGCCAGCACAGGGAGCCGGCAUCAUCGCAAGCGGCGCAGGACUUGUAGCAAAUCAGAAGGGGCAGGCGCCCGGCACCCAGGGGCCACCUCCACUGUGAGCGACCAGCCUUGCAGGAGCAGCCCAGAGAGGGGGCGCAGCGUGCCCCGGUGCCGCCACUCCCAGGCCACUUCCUCCUCGCACCAGCAGCCCCGCAGGCAGCCCCAGCACAAGUUCCAGUAUGGCAACUACUGCAAGUACUACGGCUACCGCAACCCCGACUGUGAGGACAUCCGGCUGCGGGUGAUGAAGCCGGAGUGGUUCCAGGGCAAAGAAGUGCUGGACGUGGGGUGCAACGUGGGGCACCUCACCUUAAGCGUGGCCAAGAAGUGGGGGCCCUCCAGGAUGGUCGGGAUGGACAUUGACGGGACCCUCAUCCACUCGGCCCGCCAGAACAUCCGGCACUACCUCUCUGAGGAGAUGCACCUGCAGAAGCAGAAGAGCAAGGACGAGGGGGCUGCCUCCGCCGCCAGGAAGACCUUUCCGGCUUCUCUCAUGGCCAGCCGGGGUCCAAUCGCUGCUCCAAGGGUGCCCCAGGAGGGAGCGGAUGCCACAGUCUUUCCCAACAACGUCAUUUUUGUCCAGGGCAACUAUGUGCUGGAGCGUGAUGAGUUGCUGGAGGCUCAGAAGUCCGAGUACGAUGUGAUUCUCUGCCUCAGCCUGACCAAGUGGGUGCACCUCAACUGGGGCGACGAGGGCCUGAAGCGCCUCUUCAAGCGCAUCUACCGCCACCUGCGCCCUGGGGGCAUCCUCAUCCUUGAGCCCCAGGCCUGGUCCUCCUACAAGAAGAGGAAGAAUCUGACGGAAACGAUAUCCAGGCAUUUCAACCGGAUCAAGCUGAAGCCAGACCAGUUCCCCUCUUACCUGACUUCACCUGAAGUUGGUUUCUCCAGCUAUGAACUGGUAGCCAUGCCUAGGAACACAGCAAAAGGAUUCCAGCGGCCCAUCUAUCUCUUCCACAAGACUCACCCGGGAGGCCACUGAGGAACUCUAUGCCAGCAGUUCUUUCCUUGACCUGCCAGAAUUUGCCGGGAAACAAUAGGCAGGUGUGCCCCCCCCUUCCCCACAGCUGAUUUCUGGACACUUCGGGGGGGAAGGACAGGAACCUUUCCCUCCAUUUGUGAGUGAAGGGGGGCAAAAGAGCAGCCUAGCAUGGCUCUUUUGUGAGGGCACCUUCGGUUGGCCACAGCCUAAAGGUAUCCAAGACUCUGCAGCUGAUGGUGGCAAAGAGCAGCACAUCUGGGAAAGGCCUCGAGCAGAAGCUUAACUCCUGGUGUGGGAAUUGGGGGGCACUGUAAAAUGGAAAUGAUGUGUGUGUGGGGGGGAUUACUCAAAUGGCGGUUGUACCAAGCUUGCUUCUUUCCUUGUGAGUUGCUAGCAGAUGCAAAGCCUGAUCCAGUCCCAGAAUACUUUGCUCCCUGUCUCUGCCCCCUGCUUUGAGCAUCUGGGGAAGGGAGAGGUUUGCAAAUGGGAUGGGGCUGCGGGGAGGAUGCUCACAUUCCUUCUCCCUGCACCCCCAACCAGGUCUUUAAUGCAGAAAGGCCAGGAACAGGGCCAUGACAAGACAGAACACCCCCGCCUUUCUCUCUGGUUGGUGUAUCCACACACACAAACACACAUCACACCUGGCUGCCAACUUGCUUCCUCUCCCUGUUUUCUGCACAAAGGAGGGAAACCUUCGUGUGGAAGCACAGGUGAGGUUUUGGUUGCCCACUCUUCCUUACCUCUGCCUGAAAGGCCUUUCUAUGGGUAUCAGACUUCUUUUUUUAAAAGAUGGUAUGAGUGGACUGCGGAGUAGAUCAAAACAUUUUUCUUGUGGGCUACAUAUUCCAAAUUUGGGAAGUUGUAGUUCAGAACAAAAAAAAAAAGGGGGGGGUUUAAACUCUAGUCUGGGUUGGAGAAGGAAAAUAAUGGAAGACAGGUGCCUUCUCUACAAGCAACUUCCCCUUCCUGCGUAUAGAACUUGCACCAUCCUUCUCCAGAGAGGAACAACCUCUGGUCCCAGGCAGCAUUUAGUGGGGCACAUGGGUUUUCUCCUGAAUUCUCCAGAGAGCAUUGCCUACCUGUCCAAUGCCAUAGGCCUCCUCUUCCUUUGCAAUGCUUCUCUUUUCCUUUGUGUGCCUGGGAGAAGAGCGGAAGUGCUGAGCUCUCACCAGAAACACCUCCUUUUGACCAAGGCCAGGGCUGAGGCUACUAUAGGGCUUGCUUGCGUGAUAAGAGGGGGAAAGGGGCCACUGCCUGCCCCAGCGCCAUACUACCUGCUCAACUGUUUUAAUGGGGCCUACCCAGUCACUGAUGAGAGAAGCCCCACCAGGCUGUCACUAUCUGUCUUUGCCCCCCACAGCUAAGUGGAUGGGACAACACCCACAAAAUGCAACAUUAGCUGGUCAUGCUGCCAGUGAGGACACAAUGCCUUUUGGGGAGGGCCAGGACCCAAUGGCUCCCCUUGUCCCCCGCCUCAGUAGCAGGGAGCGGCUCCUCUUCGAAGCUGGAGUUUUAUCUUUAAAAAGAUGUUGAUUCUAUAUAUAAAUAAAAAAGACUACAGAUUA